GCGAGGCGCCGCCGCCCGGCCUGGCCUCGCCUCGGACGCCUCGCUCCGACAUGCCCCGCUCUGGCGGCCGGGCUCGCGGAGGAUCAUGACUGCGGCAGCGAACUGGGUGGCGAACGGGGCGAGCCUGGAGGAUUGUCACUCCAACCUCUUCUCGCUGGCUGAACUCACGGGAAUCAAAUGGCGUAGGUACAAUUUUGGAGGGCACGGGGACUGUGGACCCAUAAUUUCAGCCCCAGCCCAAGAUGAUCCAAUCCUGUUAAGUUUCAUCCGCUGUCUCCAAGCCAACUUGCUGUGUGUAUGGCGCCGUGAUGUCAAACCAGAUUGCAAAGAGUUAUGGAUAUUCUGGUGGGGAGACGAACCCAAUCUAGUGGGUGUAAUACAUCAUGAACUACAGGUUGUGGAAGAAGGACUCUGGGAAAAUGGCCUUUCCUAUGAAUGUCGGACGCUGCUCUUCAAAGCGAUCCACAAUCUGUUAGAAAGGUGCCUAAUGGAUAAGAACUUCGUUAGGAUUGGGAAAUGGUUUGUCCGACCUUAUGAAAAAGAUGAAAAGCCAGUCAACAAAAGUGAGCAUUUGUCUUGUGCAUUCACAUUCUUUCUUCACGGGGAAAGUAAUGUAUGCACAAGUGUGGAGAUUGCCCAACACCAGCCAAUUUAUUUGAUCAAUGAGGAGCAUAUCCACAUGGCUCAGUCUUCACCUGCACCAUUUCAAGUACUGGUAAGUCCUUACGGCUUAAACGGCACGCUAACAGGCCAAGCAUACAAAAUGUCAGACCCAGCCACCCGUAAGUUGAUAGAGGAAUGGCAGUAUUUCUACCCAAUGGUGCUGAAAAAGAAAGAAGAAAUGAAAGAAGAGGAAGAGUUGGGAUAUGAUGAUGAUUUCCCCGUGGCAGUAGAAGUAAUUGUUGGUGGUGUUCGGAUGGUUUAUCCUUCAGCUUUUGUGCUGAUCUCUCAGAAUGACAUCCCAGUUCCUCAGAGUGUGGCCAGUACCGGGGGCCAUAUUACAGUUGGGCAGCAGGGGCUUGGGAGUGUGAAGGACCCGAGUAACUGUGGGAUGCCUCUCACCCCGCCCACUUCUCCAGAACAGGCUGUCGUGGGUGAGAGUGGAGGUACGCAGAGUGCUGUCAGUCACCUAGGUUCCCAAGACGGGGGCAUGCUAACUAUGCACAGUCCAAAGAGAUCGGGGAAGAUUCCUCCAAAACUCCACAAUCAUAUGGUCCAUCGAGUCUGGAAGGAAUGCAUCCUCAACAGAACCCAGUCCAAGAGGAGCCAAAUGUCCACUCCAACUCUUGAAGAAGAGCCUGCUAACAAUCCUGCUACUUGGGAUUUUGUGGAUCCAACCCAAAGAGUCAGCUGUUCUUGCUCUAGGCAUAAACUUUUAAAACGUUGUACAGUAGGCCCCAGUCGACCUCCCACAAUAUCACAACCAGGGUUCAGUGCAGGACCAUCAUCAUCUUCAUCUUUACCACCUCCUGCUUCUUCUAAGCACAAAACAACAGAAAGACAGGACAAGGGAGACAAGCUGCAAAAGAGACCUUUGAUACCAUUUCAUCACAGGCCGUCUGUGGCUGAAGAGUUAUGCAUGGAGCAAGAUCCACCGGGACAGAAGCUAGGCUUGGCAGGGAUAGACUCCUCCUUAGAGGUGGCUAGCAGUAGGAAGUAUGAUAAGCAAAUGGCCGUGCCUUCCAGAAAUACAAGCAAGCAAAUGAAUCUGAAUCCUAUGGAUUCACCUCAUUCCCCUAUUUCCCCUCUGCCGCCAACACUCAGCCCUCAGCCACGAGGUCAGGAAGCAGAGAGUUUGGACCCACCCUCUGUCCCUGUGAAUCCAGCCCUCUAUGGAAAUGGGCUCGAACUCCAACAGUUGUCUGCUCUGGAUGACCGGACUGUCCUCGUCGGCCAAAGACUGCCUCUCACGGCAGAGGUCAGUGAGACCGCCUUAUAUUGUGGGAUCAGGCCCUCGAACCCAGAGUCAUCAGAUAAGUGGUGGCACAGUUACCAUCUCCCAUCCAUUGAUGAUGCUGAGUUCCGGCCUCCAGAGCUCCAGGGUGAGAGAUGUGAUGCCAAAACGGAGGUAACCUCAGAGAGCACUGCAUUGCAAAGACUCUUAGCACAACCUAACAAACGGUUUAAAGUCUGGCAAGACAAGCAGCCGCAGAUGCAGCCCCUCCACUUUCUUGACCCAUUGCCUCUGUCACAACAACCUGGAGACAGUUUGGGAGAAGUCAACGACCCAUAUACUUUCGAGGACGGCGACAUAAAAUACAUCUUUACUGCAAACAAGAAAUGCAAACAAGGGACAGAGAAAGAUUCCCUGAAAAAGAAUAAGUCAGAGGAUGGAUUUGGUACCAAGGAUGUCACUACACCAGGUCAUUCCACGCCGGUGCCUGAAGGGAAAAAUGCCAUGUCCCUUUUCAGUUCUACUAAAACAGAUGUCCGGCAGGACAACGCUGCUGGCAGGGCAGGCUCCAGUAGCCUCACACAGGUGACAGACUUGGCACCUUCCCUUCAUGACUUAGACAACAUCUUUGAUAAUUCUGAUGACGACGAACUUGGGGCUGUAUCACCUGCACUGCGCUCAUCAAAAAUGCCUACAGUUGGGACAGAAGACCGACCUCUUGGGAAGGAUGGAAGAGCUGCUGUUCCUUAUCCACCAACAGUUGCAGACCUGCAGAGGAUGUUCCCCACCCCUCCUUCUUUGGAACAGCACCCCGCAUUUUCUCCUGUGAUGAAUUAUAAAGAUGGGAUCAGCUCAGAGACAGUGACAGCAUUAGGCAUGAUGGAAAGCCCAAUGGUCAGUAUGGUUUCAACACAGCUCACUGAAUUCAAGAUGGAAGUGGAAGAUGGAUUAGGAAGUCCCAAGCCAGAGGAAAUAAAGGACUUUUCGUACGUGCACAAAGUUCCAACUUUUCAGCCUUUUGUGGGAUCCUCCAUGUUUGCUCCAUUGAAGAUGUUGCCGAGUCAAUGCCUGCUACCUCUGAAGAUUCCUGAUGCCUGUCUGUUUCGGCCUUCGUGGGCAAUCCCUCCUAAAAUUGAACAACUGCCCAUGCCACCUGCAGCCACUUUCAUUAGAGAUGGCUACAACAAUGUGCCUAGUGUCGGGAGCCUGGCAGAUCCAGAUUAUCUGAACACGCCACAGAUGAACACGCCGGUGACGCUCAACAGCGCUGCCCCAGCCAGCAACAGUGGAGCAGGAGUUUUACCGUCCCCAGCAACCCCUCGCUUCUCUGUCCCCACACCACGAACCCCCAGGACCCCAAGGACUCCUAGAGGAGGGGGCACUGCCAGUGGCCAGGGCUCUGUGAAGUAUGACAGCACGGACCAGGGCUCACCAGCCUCCACCCCCUCUACCACUCGGCCUCUCAAUUCUGUGGAGCCUGCCACCAUGCAGCCAAUCCCCGAAGCCCACAGCCUCUAUGUCACCCUGAUUCUUUCGGAUUCUGUGAUGAACAUCUUUAAAGACAGAAACUUUGACAGCUGUUGCAUCUGUGCCUGCAACAUGAACAUCAAAGGGGCGGAUGUCGGGCUCUACAUCCCCGAUUCUUCCAACGAGGACCAGUACCGCUGCACCUGUGGGUUUAGUGCGAUCAUGAAUCGCAAACUUGGUUACAAUUCGGGACUCUUCCUGGAAGAUGAGUUGGAUAUUUUUGGGAAGAAUUCUGACAUUGGUCAGGCUGCCGAAAGGCGUCUAAUGAUGUGUCAGACCACCUUCCUUCCUCAGAUGGAAGGAGCCAGAAAACCCCAGGAGCCACCGAUAAGCCUUCUCCUCCUCUUGCAGAACCAACACACACAGCCUUUUGCUUCACUGAGUUUCCUAGACUACAUUUCCUCCAACAGUCGCCAGACCCUUCCCUGUGUGAGCUGGAGUUACGACCGGGUGCAAGCAGAUAAUAAUGAUUACUGGACGGAAUGCUUUAAUGCCUUGGAGCAGGGUCGGCAGUAUGUGGAUAAUCCCACGGGCGGCAAAGUGGAUGAAGCCCUGGUGAGAAGCGCCACUGUGCACUCUUGGCCUCACAGCAACGUGCUGGACAUCAGCAUGCUGUCCUCCCAAGACGUGGUCCGUACGCUGCUGUCCCUGCAGCCCUUUCUCCAGGACGCCAUCCAGAAAAAGCGCACGGGCAGGACCUGGGAGAACAUCCAGCAUGUGCAGGGGCCACUCACCUGGCAGCAGUUCCACAAGAUGGCAGGACGGGGAACCUACGGUUCUGAAGAGUCUCCUGAGCCACUGCCCAUCCCCACCCUGCUGGUAGGCUAUGACAAGGACUUCCUCACCAUCUCGCCAUUCUCCUUGCCGUUUUGGGAGAGGCUGUUGUUGGACCCAUACGGGGGCCACCGUGAUGUUGCCUAUAUUGUGGUGUGUCCAGAAAACGAGGCCUUGCUCGAAGGAGCCAAAACUUUCUUCAGGGACUUGAGCGCUGUAUAUGAGAUGUGCCGGCUCGGGCAGCACAAGCCCAUCUGCAAAGUGCUGCGCGACGGGAUCAUGCGUGUGGGGAGGACCGUGGCGCAGAAGCUGACGGAAGAGCUCGUGAGCGAGUGGUUCAGCCAGCCGUGGGGCAGCGAGGAGAGUGACAAUCAUUCCAGACUCAAACUUUAUGCGCAAGUUUGCCGCCAUCACCUAGCACCUUACCUGGCCACUCUGCAGCUCGACAGCAGCCUGUUGAUCCCACCUAAGUACCAGGCCCCACCAGCAGCAGCACAGGCGCAAGUGCCACCUGGGAGCGCUGGGCCUUUAGCUUCAAAUCCAGGCUCGGCCGCACCCUCGGCGGGCAGUGCGUUUAAUCCCACCUCCAACGGCAGUUCUCUGAACCCGGCUGCAAGCAGUGCCGCCUCUGGCUCCGCCGGGCCCCCUGUCUCCACAUCCGCCUCUGCUCCCGUCAUCAACCAGAUGAGCACUGCCUCUUCCUCAGGAUUCAGCGGUAGUGUCGGGGGGCAGAACCCCAGCACCGGGGCCAGCGCUGCAGAGAGAACGCAAGGGAACCUGGGCUGUGCUGGAGACAGCGAGCCUGGGCAGACCUCCUCGCAGCCCUCCCAGGACGGACAGGAAAGUGUUACAGAAAGGGAGAGAAUAGGAAUUCCCACGGAGCCCGACUCUGCAGACAGCCAAGCCUACCCUCCCGCUGUCGUCAUUUACAUGGUGGACCCCUUCACAUACACUGCGGAGGAAGACUCCACUUGCGGAAAUUUUUGGCUGUUGAGUUUGAUGCGCUGCUACACAGAAAUGCUGGAUAAUUUACCUGAGCAUAUGAGAAAUUCUUUCAUUCUCCAGAUUGUGCCUUGCCAGUACAUGCUGCAGACAAUGAAGGAUGAGCAAGUUUUCUACAUUCAAUACUUGAAGUCCAUGGCAUUUUCAGUGUACUGCCAAUGCAGGCGACCUCUGCCUACACAGAUCCACAUUAAAUCCCUCACAGGAUUCGGGCCUGCUGCCAGCAUUGAGAUGACUCUCAAGAACCCAGAGCGGCCCAGCCCGAUCCAGCUUUACUCCCCUCCUUUUAUAUUGGCCCCAAUCAAAGACAAGCAGACAGAGCUGGGAGAGACACUUGGUGAAGCGAGCCAGAAAUACAACGUGCUCUUUGUGGGCUAUUGUUUGUCUCAUGACCAGCGCUGGCUUUUGGCUUCCUGCACUGACCUCCAUGGAGAAUUAUUAGAAACUUGUAUUGUAAAUAUUGCUUUACCAAACAGGUCACGGAGGAGUAAAGUAUCUGCACGUAAAAUCGGGCUACAGAAGUUGUGGGAAUGGUGUGUCGGUAUUGUCCAGAUGACAUCUCUGCCCUGGAGAGUUGUGAUCGGGCGACUUGGGCGUCUAGGCCACGGGGAACUCAAAGAUUGGAGUAUCCUCCUCGGAGAAUGUUCACUACAGACAAUCAGCAAACGGCUCAAGGACGUGUGCCGGAUGUGUGGAAUCUCUGCCGCGGACUCGCCUUCUAUCCUUAGUGCCUGCCUGGUUGCCAUGGAGCCCCAGGGCUCCUUUGUAGUGAUGCCAGAUGCUGUCACAAUGGGCUCUGUUUUUGGUCGAAGUACUGCACUGAACAUGCAGUCAUCUCAGCUUAACACCCCUCAAGAUGCUUCCUGUACACACAUCUUGGUGUUCCCAACGUCGUCAACCAUCCAGGUGGCUCCAGCCAACUAUCCCAAUGAAGAUGGGUUUAGCCCCAACAAUGAUGACAUGUUUGUUGACCUUCCAUUCCCAGAUGAUAUGGACAAUGAUAUUGGCAUAUUAAUGACUGGGAAUCUCCAUUCCUCUCCCAACUCCUCCCCAGUCCCCUCCCCAGGCUCUCCUUCUGGAAUCGGUGUGGGCUCUCACUUUCAGCACAGCCGGAGCCAGGGUGAGCGUCUUCUUUCUAGGGAAGCGCCCGAGGAGCUGAAACAGCAGCCUCUGGCCCUUGGGUAUUUCGUGUCAACCGCCAAAGCCGAGAAUCUCCCCCAGUGGUUUUGGUCAUCAUGUCCCCAGGCUCAGAACCAGUGUCCCCUCUUCCUAAAGGCUUCACUGCAUCACCACAUCUCUGUAGCACAGACGGACGAACUUCUCCCCGCCAGGAAUUCUCAGCGGGUUCCGCAUCCUCUUGACUCCAAAACCACGUCUGAUGUUUUAAGGUUUGUUUUGGAGCAGUACAACGCUCUGUCGUGGCUCACGUGCAAUCCGGCCACCCAGGACCGUACCUCCUGCCUUCCCGUCCACUUUGUGGUGCUCACUCAGUUGUACAAUGCCAUCAUGAAUAUACUCUAAUUGGAAAAGCACUUGUUCUCUCUGGCUCAGUUCCUUCUCCCUGCAACCUCAGUCCAAGGAACCUACGACACUCUGCAAAUACCCCACUUCCUCCUCUGGAGACCACUCUGCACAGUCCCGCACUGUGAUUCCUUCUCAGCAGGCACAUGUCAUUUCUGCGGUGUUCAGUACCAGAGUGACUCACUGACACUUCUCUCACAGACCUGGAAACUUCCACGAGCAGUGACUUUCAGCCAGUGUUACAGUGUGUGCGGCCCCAAACCACUGGGCCACAGGAAGUUUUUCUGUUGGUUUUUAAGAGGGAAAUAGAAGAGACGGUGUCCUUUUGCACAAGAGUCUGUGUUUUCAGUCUCUGUUUAACAUGGGCAGUGUAGCCCUCUGAUGAAACCCUCCAGUUCCUGGUGUAUGGCCUGUGGGUUACCUGAACUCCAUAAUCUGGGACUUUCGAAAAACAAGAACCAGCUCAAGUACAUGAUUUCAUCAUAGGGUUUCCAUCUCCCUAGUGCUCCCAUCUAGACUGGCGUGAGUGCUUUGGUUGACUUUAUACCUGUGUGUAGAUACAAGAGGUCUGGAGACAUCUUCAUUUUGUUUAUUUAUUUUAGGUUCUGUCAUGUGACUUUUUUUUUUUUUUAUUAUUUUUUUUAAUUCGUGAGGACCAGGUACAGUAGCUAAAACCCAACUCAGAUCCACCAUAGGAUUCUUUGACUACAUACCUCUGUCCUAGAAGCCGGAAAAGGAGUGAAUAGAAAUUGGGAAGGAUCAUGCCUACAAAGUAAUAAUAUAUUCAGAACCACCCAGCAGUAGGUUUUGUUGAGAACAACUGGGUAAACAUUCUGCCAUGUUCCUUAUUAAAAGUGGCCAGCAUUUCAUGAAGGACAACAUUUUUAUAUAGAAGGCAGCCAAGCUCCACCCAGAGCCAUGGAGGCAAGUACCUUCAUUAGUUUUAUAUAGUCACAGUGGAAAUAUAUUUUCUAGUGAAUUCUUACUGAAAGCCAGGUCUCUCCUCUCAUUAGAUCAAAAGGGACUCAUGUACAUAUCACAAUCAAAAGUGUUUGUUCAUAACAUCAGUUAUAAAUAUGGUGAAUUUUUUCUGGACCAUAGGAAUAUUAUUUCAAAGAAAUAUUACAACUUAACCAUUAAAUUAGUACUUGAAGUUGAGCCUUUGUGGUGGAACUUUUUAAAAAAAAAAACAAAACCAUGCCUUUUUAAAAUAUUAAGGCUAACUGAAGUAUUUUACAACUCCUCAUUCCAGGCCCGAACGGGUUGUCUUGAAGACUCCGCCCCUACCCCUACCUUGCUGUGCGUCUCUGUCUGAGGGCAGUGGGUGUGGGCUUCCUCCCGUGAGCAACUCUGGUCAGGCUGCAGAGUUCUAGUCAUCUGUAGAGAGAAUCAUGCAGAUUUUAAAAGUUCUUCCAAGAAACUUCCAUAUUCUGGUUAUUAACAAAAAAAGAAAAAAAUGUAAUAACUGAUGAUUUUGUAAAAGUAUUUUUCUUGAAAUAAUCUAACGUUUAAAACAUUAAAAAAAUUGUGUGGUGGGAAUGUGAAAGCAGAGAAAUCACUUGUAAAUGGAUAAUUUUGUUCUCUGUACCACCAAAUGAGGGGGAGGGGUUGACUUUCGCAAUGUAUAGGUUAAAAAAAAUCUGAUAUAUCAAACCAUUUGUAUCUAAUGUGUACAGUGUAAAAUUGACUUUAAAAAUAUUGCAGUGCUAUUUUUUCUUAAUCAGAAAGGACAAAUUCUCAAGGCCUUUUGAAGAGCAUAAGAUGAUGAAGAUUGUAAACUUGUAUAAAAUUAUCUUGGUGAGAAGACAAAUUGUAAAGUAGAUAUUUGUAAUCUUUUACCACUUUGGGGUUGCUUUUUUUCCCAGAAUUCAUCAGAACUUUGAAUUUUUUUUUUAAUGGGCUGUUUUUAAUGCAGGGGCUUUUCUUCCCUAGAAACCCAAUUCUCAGCAAAAAAAGAAAAAAAAAAACACAAAAAACUAAAAAACCCCUACAAAAACUUUAAAAAAAAAAAAAGGCAGCAAAGGGUAGUUUUCAUCUGGUGUCUUUUAUUUAAGUUUUUUAAGUUAAGAAAAAGCUGGUGACAUAUUUAUACGUUUUUGUGCAAAAAUAAAUGAAUGGCAAUAGAUUUUAAAAAAAUCUUAUUAUGUACUUCUGUGUGAAAAAGUCUGUAUAAUAUUUCCCUUAAAUAUGCAUUAUUUUACUUGUGAGUUUUUUACUGAAUUAAUCUGAAAUGUACAAGCCCUGGAUUUGCUACAGAGUGAGAACUUAUUUUAUUUUUUUUUUAUUUUUAAUUUUGGAAAUUCUGCAGAAAUCAGAACUCUUACCUUGGUUUGAACUAAAGAGGGGACACGGGGAGGGGAGAGGGGUGGGUUUGUCCAGCAUGCUUGUAUGUAUAUUUCAGAACCUUUUUUAAAUGUAAAAGCUGUACAUUUCUGGGAAGUUCUGAAUUUCUUUUGUUUCCUUUUUUCCUUCAAGCAUUUUGCAGUGAGCUUCUUUUAUAUAUAGCAAACAAUUUGAAAGAAUACAAAAAUAUGUGAAGUUCAUUUAAAAAAACUACAGUAUAGCGCUGGUACAGUACACUAAAAGACUUUGAUAAAAAGAAACAAUACUAAAAAGCCUCCAUUUUAAAUGUCAUUCAUAUAUACCUUGUGAAUGAGAGCUAUAUACUUUUACACACUUUUUUAGAGGAAUAAAUUAUUGAAUUACUGAAACAUUGAGUGGCUUUUUUUCCCCCUUCCAUCCUGCUUUUGUAAUAAAAAUGAUUACGCCUAUUCAAAAGGUGUUAUGUAUUAUAGAUUGAACAGUCCUUGACCAGGAGCCAGGCUGUACAUUUCAGAGUAAAAUUUUACUCCCCUGAUCACUCCAUCUAAUAGCUGUUACAGUUUUCACAUGCUCCAAGAUACAAGUGCAUUCAUGGAUCAAGUUUCAGAAUGAACACACAUACACAGCACUGGACUUGGAGCUCUGGUGUUUAGUUCCUUAACUGUUUUGAGUAGAUCGCAUCUAACAGUGAUCUACUGUCUUCCAGCUCUUAAGACUGCAGUCAGUCUUAGAGUACAAGUCUGUUUCCUGCUCCUAUCCCUUCAUGAGCUCAGCCAGUUUCCUUUUGUUGUUCAUUAGAAACAACAGUUCCAACUCCACUGUUUUCCCAGCUCACACACAGGCUGACGACAGUUGUGUGCCAUCACACACAUAUGAACAAGACACUCACUGACUGCAUGGCCCCACUGCCUUGGCUCUCCUCGGGUCCUUUCCACAGGAGAAGCCACCAUGGGGCAGCACCUCCCGCUAAAGUAGUUAACACCAGGACUUCGCAGAGCAUACUGUCAAAGUCUGAGUAAGUUGAAAGACCUUGCCUUUUUAAUCUUCCUCCAGCUCAUUGGCAGUAUACAUUGUUCUAACUCUGAACCUAGAGAUAAAACUGUUGACACUAUUAAGCCUGAGUUAUUUCCUCUGCAGCUGAGUGACAGCAAUUCCAUGCCAGCUGAAAGGCUGUGUCCAUGUUACUAUAGUUGUACUAUUGAAGAAGGCUGAGAAAAGUGAGACCACUUCAGUUAACAGAUAAUGUUGAUCUCUGUCUUGUCCAGUUACCACCACUUUAUACCUAGUUCCCCUGGCCAAAAAGCAUUAAGGAACCGCACACUUCCUAGAUCCUGUGAAUUCGGGUCAGUCCAACUGUUCCUGUAUCCCUGUAAAAAUCAGAACUAGGUGGUAUUUUUCCAACCGAUUCAUUUUCUUGGGUUCUGUGCUCAUACAUCUGACGGCACUUAAUCCAACAAGCAAUGAAUGUUGGCUUUAUUUAUACUAGGAACUUUGUUUUCAUAACAUUAUUAGCCAUACCAACAUCAACAGUACCGAAAUCUCUGAGACAAAAAACUUAUCAAAUUCAUUUAAACAUUUUGCAGAUUCCAUGUAGUUAAGUCUGACUUGCCACUCAAGCCAUUGGCCUCCAGGCAUUUGCUCUGCUCAGAUUCUGCUUAAACCAGUUCAUUUGCCCCAAACCAUGCCAUCCAAUAGUUUUAUGUCCUGGCCCCUGUCCUGGGGCCAGGAAUUUGUUCCCAACUGGUAUCAAAGAGCUCAUGAAAAAUCUUUAUAAAAAGUGCAGUUUGUCAAUAGUUCUUAAAGACAGAUUUCUCAUAAGACUUAAUGUCUGAGUGUGAGACACAUACUGGAAACAGACUUUGUUCCUUGUCAUCUACACACCAGCCAUUCUAUAAAAAUUUCUUUCCCUUUUGAAUUUACCACUUGCUACAGUCCUAACAAGAUGCAAUUUUCAUGUAUUACAUUAUCUUGGUGUUAAAUGAUUGGUUUGCUUAUAUCCCCUUGACAAAAACGUCACUCUACCAGGAAUUAGUUCAUGUCAUUAAUACCUAAUGAGACACCAUUAGAAAAUUCUGUUAUGCCGGGUUGCAACAGUUGUCCUGGGCAUCUUACUCUGCUUGGAACCAGAUUUACCAAGUCCCGCCACUUCGCUUGAAAUUCUCAGGUCAAUUUUAAAAGAUUUUUUUUUGGCACUUAACUGCUUCUAGUUAGAACAAAGUAAUGAAGCAGGUAAGAAAGAAAAGUUGAGGAAGAAAGCUUGGACAAGACAGAAGUAUUGACUUUUCUCUGUAAAGGUUAUUUUCCUCAGUGAACAUUAGUUACCAGGGAAGAUGCAGACACUGGGUCAGUCUCACUUUUUUCUCUUCAAGGCAAGCAGGGAGGUGUGGAAAGGAUGUUUUAGUAGUCUAGAAACGGCGUUUGUGCAGGCUGCAACUUGGUGCGCUGCUCAGACGAGUCUAAGCAGGUGUGUCGCGGUGUGUUUAAAAUCACCCACACCUCAGAACAGGCAGACACGUUGAAAUUAACAGCCCUUUCAGCAUCUCUCUGGCCAGUGCUCCCUAUUUUAUGUCUUUGUCUCCUUGCUUGCAAAUUAAGCAGGUUUCAAUUUACCUGUUUCAUAAAACCACAUGAUAUUCAGGAAACCUGGCCCUGUCAGAGCUAAGGUAAGAGGGCUGACUUGGAAAUGUUUGCUGUGGGAUGGUCAUUGUCUUACUUAAUUUGAGCUCGGACACUUUUCAGAAAGCAUUUACAAGUUAGCUUCUCUUAUUUAAAUCUUACUUUGUUCACUUAGAGGCUUGAUGGAGCUCUUACUAAUUUAUAUGUUAUUUAAUAUAUAAAAUUAUUUCUUAUCUGCCUCCUUUAAAGUGUGUGAUUUGUAAUUGUAGAAGAGAAUGUUUAUGUAGUUCUAUCUAUGUGCACACGCCAGUUUUUUUUUUUUUUCCUGUUGACCUCUCAUCACUACAAAGCUUAGGAAUUUAUCUCCCUAUCAGGUCUAGGGAUCAAGGUCAUUUUUUGUCUCAUGGGAUGAACUAAUGACUUUCCAGUCAUUUCUGUGAACAGGAGAGUUUGCUUAAAAUGACAAAAACGACCUUAGAUUUGGCUAACUAUAUACUAAUGCUGUGAGUAGGCACACAGGAAAUGUUUGUUGAAAGAGUUUCACAUCAAAAUUAAAAUUUACCAGCAAAUUCACCACCAGUUGCUGCUUUUUGGAGGAGCAGAAAAUAUAUUUUAUAUACUAGAAAAUAGAAGAAUUCCUUUUAUUUUUUCUGUUUUCUAUUUCUUAUGCCAAUUUUGGACAUUUGAAUUUUUACAGGGAAAAAACUGAAUUUUCCAACAUAUUACUACUAUGCAAUUGUGCACAGUAUUCCCUUAAUUCUGAACCUGUUGUUUUUGGUAACGUAUGGUCCUUCUCAUUUCUGUUUAUGCAUUUUUUUUCUUUUUCCUUUCUUGAUGGAUUAUUCUAGCAGUUGCUGUUUUUUAGUUUUGAUUUUUUCCAAAGAAACAGCUCAAGGAUUUAACAAUUCUGCUGUUAUUUAUCCUGGUUUUUAAUCUUGUUCCUUUUCCUAGUUUCCUUGAGGGUUUUGUUUUAUCUUCCUUGAAUCUUAAUUGCCUGCUUAAUUUAUUUUCCGUUUUGAUGAUACAGGCAUUUAUAGCCUAGGGGCUUCUGGAUGUGUGUGGGCCUCCUCGAGUUAUAAGCAAAAUUCUUUGUGUUUGCAUUUUUUCUAGGGCGGGGAUCUAUUGUAUCAGAUUCUCAGAGGUAUCUGAUCCUUAAAGGGAUAAAAAUGGCUGCUCUGGGACUAUGUUAAAGCUGACUGCAUCCUACAGGUUUUGAUGUUUAAUGUUUUCAUUUUUAUUUUUAGACUCCGUGUUUUAUUUCUUUUUUGAUCUGCUUUUUUUUAAAUAAAGGAAAGUUCUCUUUGGA